CCAUUGUAAGCCAGAUCAGAACACGAUAAGGCUGCGUCGUCACAAGAGCCAUUUCAGUGCUUUCAAAAAUGGCAGUCUUUAAAAAAUGGUAUUAGAUGAGCUCGGCGGCGAGAUUGCAUUGUGGAGGUUCCUGCAGGUCGGUUGAGCAUGCUGCUGAGUGGAAAUUAGUUCUAUUAACGUCGAGAUCAAAGAGCUUGAAGCGAUGCUGCUGCUCUGAUUGGCAACUUUAGCUUUGCUAAUUCAACAUCGAAAUAGUUAAUUUCACUUUGUUUUACCACGUGUUUUUAGUGCAGCUUUUGACUCACUCGAGCAAGCGUCAUGGCUGGCGACGCGUGCGUUUUCGACGGGGAUUCGUCUGGACAAGAGACCCCCGUAGGGUUUCGAGACUCACCAGGCCAAUGGUAUACAGCCAACCAUCGCAAGCGCGCCGCGUUGUCGCAGUUGGAGGGAGAACCGACGCAACGGGAAAGCCAGGCGACGCAGGUAGCGACGGAAGGUGCUACACAGCCUAUAGAAGGCCUAGCUCCUGUAUUUGUCGCAGCUACGCCCUCUCAGGGAGAAAUUAAUGAUGAAGACGAGUUGGAUGAGGAGGAGACGCAGAUCCGCAUGACUAAUUCCGAGGAUCAAGACGAAUUACCCAAGCCAGAACGAAAGAUUUUGGAGGAGGCAGUGCCGUUGCCGAUAGCAAGCGGAACAGGUCGCCUCGUGGGCGACGCUAGGAUGGGAGAUAGUGACGACGAUGCCGACUCGGACAUGUCGGACGACAUGCUGGAACAAGACGGCUCUGUCGCUGGACUGUCCUCCAUCGCAGCUUCAUUCCAGCAGAAAGUGAAAGAACCAGAAGUUGUGGAGAAGAGAGUCUACAAGCCUCGCACCCCGUUUCGAGCAUCUUCAGCCCUUUCCGACCCGGACAGCAGCGGUGGUGAGACAGAGAUCGAAGGUGAACCGAAGGAGGAAUCGCCAGCGAAGAGCCAAAACGACAAGAAGCAGACACUAUUUCAGGACAGCUUGACACCACGUCUUACAAAGAGUGCAAGCUACUCGAAGUCGACUGCAAAAGGGGAAUCUCCUGUAGCAGACACGAAGAGUAUCCGACGAUCGCUAUCGACACCAGAAAAAAUACGAAGUCCAAGACCGCGCCAUAGCUCGAAGCGUGACCACAAUGAACCUCCGGGAAUUAGCUACACUAGGGCAAAACGGUCGAGACACGAUGAUGCUGAGUCAGCCACUGACCAGGGAGCUUUUUCAGAGAAACAGGACACACAGGUGAAAAACAACGAUGGUCUUCCGCACGGUCAAUCUACAGCAUAUCAGACGAGCGAUCUCAAGGUAACUCGCGACAUUCAAGAAGAGGAUACCAAUCCGUCUACUGGAAUCGAGUUGAAUGAAGAGGACCACCUGCCUGUGGUGCCACGUUCGAAAGCGCGUUCGCAGCAUAAGUCGCCUGCCUCGACUCGUGACAAGAAACGAGCAGCACACAGUCGAUCAUUUACUGACAGUGAGUCGGCAGGAUCACAAGCAGAGGAUGGAUCUAUUCGUAUCAUCCUGACGGGACUGGAGCCUACCGCUGCUAUCCGGAAGAAGAUCAGGGCGAUUGCUGGCGCAGCCUAUGAGAGCGACAUUACGAAGGCCACGCAUGUCAUUGCUUCUCAGUUAAAGCGCACGGUGAAACUACUGUGUGGUAUUUCGUGCUGUACGCAUAUUCUGGGUGAACGCUGGCUAGACGAGUCGGCGCGGGUCGGCACGGCGGUCGAUGAACAAACGAACUGCCUCCGUGAUAAGGAGGCGGAAAGCAAGUGGCAAUUCGAUCUGAGUAACACAAUGUAUGGUGUGUCUGCGGAACAACGCCAACGCUUGUUCGCCAACUACAACGUCUUUAUUACCAACCACAAGUCCGUCCUGCCGCCGGUGAAGGACUUGGUGAAGAUCGUGGAGUGCGCCGGUGGCAAAGCGUCUUCGAAAGGAAAACCUGGGGCUAAUGACCUAGUGAUUACUAGUGAGGCAGUGCUGGCCGUGGCGACAGUGCGCAAGCAGCUUGCGAGUGCGAAUCCUGAGCGGAUUUACUCGCCUGAACUAAUUCUCACCAGUAUUUUGCAGCAACGCGUCGAGUUAGACGAGCAUCGUCUGAAACUUCCCACUGUAGGCAAGAAGACAUGGGCCACCAAGCAACGGAAGUAACAAUGCCGAUGAUUUGUUUGACGUGUUUAUUACGAUAAUAAGAGGGUGUCGCUCAUGCAAAGUGCACCGAUGAACGAAUAAUAAUUACUGGUACAUACGUGAUCUGGUAGUGCGUCAAUGAUUGCCUACUUGGCGGUUUGGCGAAGGCCGAGAAGCGCACAGCCCAACAGCGAGACAACGCACAUGGACAGCAGGUGCUGGCGCGCCAUGGUCUCUUCCAUCCACAUGUCAAAGCUAUUGUUGCGUCGGCGGUUCUGACGUUCGACGGUGACCUCAACUGGCACGUCGGAGUAGCACACAGGAGCAUCGUCGGGGUAGUAUUCGCGUUCCAGCACGAGGUGAUGGCCGCACUGAUCGGCGAACGACAGCGUCUUUUUGGGUGCGGCCGAGUAGCUCACUGUGAUCAUUUUGGUCGUGGACAGCUCGUCCAAGCGCGAGCCGUGUGAAGCACCGCCACACGUGAAAGCGCUCUCCUUGCGCAGGCAGGAUCGUCGGCGCAGCGAGCGCGGCGGAUAGUAGUGAGUGUGUCGACUACUUCCUGAUCCAUGCGAGUACUUCUGUCCGAUUGUUAUGGGCUGCUGGAACUGAAGCGAGCGCGAGCAGGCAGCGCUGGAACUCGUCGAAGUCAUGUUGAUUCAAGCUAGUUUUUUCGUAAAUGAGCCGUGAUGUUGAUCCGCGAAACGAUGCCUGUGACGCCGGUCUGUUGUCAGGUAAAAAUGGAACUUUAGGACAGUCGCUUGCUCACUCGAAAAUGGGUACCAGUCAUCAAAUGGGCAUUGUAA